AUACGCGCGGGCCCACACGCGUCAGUCGCGCACGUCGCCUCCCGCCGGCCGCACGUGUUCUCUCCGCCUCCGCCUGCUCUUUCACACUCUCAGCCCCUCCGACGCACAAUGUCCCGCUCCCGCUGCGUCGCGGCGGCGCGCCCGCUGCUCCUGCUGGCCGCGCUCCUCCUGGUCGCGCUGGCGGCGGCCGACCCCGAGCCCGCGGGUCAGCAGAAGACCGCCCAGGCCAACGACAAGCUCAAGAUCGAGGUCCUGUACAAGCCCGAGGAAUGCAACGCAUCUUCCAAGAACGGCGACAUGCUCACAAUGCACUACAAGGGCACGCUGGAGGACGGCACCCAGUUCGACUCGAGGGAAGGGAAGGCUUUCCGCAGUGGAACCAGUGGCUGGUGA